AUGACGGCGGCAUCGCCCAUCUCCUGCGCCAGUUCUGGCCUGCAGAUGGCCCCACCAGGUGCAUCCGCCCGCAACAUUAACCCGCUGCCACUACCGCCGCAGCCCGACACCCAAUCAGCACCACAGCGCAGCCUCGGAGUCAGCUGCAUAUCUGAGCAACUUGCACAGCUCAAGAUCCAUUCCCAUCACCACAAUUAUCACCAGCAGCAAGGCCAAAUCCCGUUAGAAUCCGACAGGCGGGACGUCGCGCCAGCGCUCAGCCUGGAAGCCAGCCUUUCAGCGCCACCUAAUUGGCAUGAAGAGCUACAGCGGGUCUGCUCGCUGGUGUCCUCUGCCGGGGUCGAGGCCGCAGGUCCAGCAGGGCAUUUGGUGCCUCCGGCGAAGCCGGCGGUUGCGGCGGCUGUGGCGGGCCCUGCGUCACCCGGGGCCACCUGUAAGCUCACUGGAUUGCCCGUAGCCCUCAAGGUCUAUUUCUUGUCCCGCACACCUCACAACGUGCUACAUCAAGUAGCGCGCGAGAUCCAGAUCCAUCUUGGUCUCCACCACAAGAACGUCCUGGAUCUGUACGGCGCUUUUCAGGACUCCAAGCGGCUGGUCCUGGUUACGGAGUUAGCCAUGCGUGGAGAUCUGUUCGCCCUGAAGAGCGCUAUGGACAGGCCGAUGAGUGAAGAGCAGCUGCGGUACGUGGUUCUGGUGCCGCUGUUGGACGCUCUGUCGUACUUGCACGGCAAAGGCAUCUGCCACCGGGACAUCAAGCCCGAGAACCUGCUGAUCACCGCCGACUGGGGCCUCCGUCUCGCGGACUUCGGGGUGUCCAUAAACCUCACGGAGGAGCGGGCGGUCACAAGAGCAGGGACAGGUGAAUGGGCGCCCGAGGUGGAUCGUUGCCCGCUCAAGACAUGUCCGGAAGAUAACAAGGACGAUAUGUUGCUGGCCUAUACCACAGCGGCGGACGUUUGGAGUGUGGGUGUUUUGGUGUACGAGCUGCUGGUCGGCUUCCCGCCCAUACUGCUCGGCAAGGGUGGCCUCAAAUUCCCCGCCUCCGUGUCCGCUGGGGCACGUGACUUCAUCAUCUCCGCGCUGGCCCAUCUGCCGGAGGAACGACCCACGGUUCGGCAGUUGCGCUGCCACCCCUGGAUGCUGGCCGCCGGCGCUGCGACCGCGUCCCAUUAG